AUGUCGAUCUCGACGCUUCAGCCUCCCUACCCUCUCCAUCCUUCCGUUAAGGACCUCUUGGAUCCCGAAUACAUUUCCUUCUAUAACGAGUAUGUCAUCAACCAGCAGCAAGUCCAUCUUCAACCCGUCGAAGCCUCCCGAACAAGCGGGGUUCUGAUCCCUGGCGGGGGUCCGCUCCUCGAGGUAGGAAAGACAGAGGAUAUCACGAUCAAGCGACGCGCGACAGAAGGUCCAGAGAUCCUGUUGCGUGCAUUCACCCCAGCUGGGGAGACACCAGACGGAGGGUGGCCGGUGAUGCUGUAUUUCCACGGGGGUGGAUGGGUCCUGGGGAAUAUAAACACGGAGAAUCCGGUUUGCACAAAUUUGUGCGUGAGAGGGAACUGCGUCGUAGUCACAGUUGAUUACAGGCUUGCCCCAGAGAAUCCCUUUCCCGCAGCCGUCCAUGACUGUUGGGAAUCUCUUCUCUGGCUGAUUUCUGACGGACCCUCACGACUCUCUAUUAAUACAUCUAAAAUGGCGACCGGUGGCUCCUCAGCGGGCGGAAAUCUAGCCUCAAUCAUCACCCACAAAGCCUUAACACUUUCACCACCCGUCCACUUCCUUGCCCAGCUCCUCUCUGUCCCAGUGACAGAUAAUACAGCAACGGUCCAGAACAAUGAAUCCUACAGGCUUUACGAGCACGCACCGGCCCUUCCAGCUGCCAAAAUGAUCUGGUACCGCGAUCACUAUCUGCCCAACCAUGGGGAUCGCACUAAUCCCGAAGCAAGCCCGUUGUUCUACGAGGGCGAUUGGUCGAAGCUGCCCCGGGCAUUGGUCAUGGUUGGCGAAUUGGAUGUGCUCCGAGUGGAGGGAGAGCAGUAUGCGGAGAGACUGAAGAAAGCUGGGGUCGAGGUGGAUUUACAGGUGAUGAAGGGCAUGCCGCAUCCAUUCUUGGCGAUGGAUAAGGUGCUGAAAGAAGGGAAGAGGUCGAUUAUGUUGAUGUGUGACCUGCUGAAAGAGGUUUUCUGGUCUUAG